AUGCCGGACGAAGAGGAAGCGACGACGACGCGACUCGCGUGGACCAAACGUCUUUCCCGCCGCCUCAACAAACGAAGUUCGUCGCUGAUCGCCUCUUUGCUCGGCAGUCGAAACGGAACGACGUCGAGCAAAACGAUAAACGAGGCGGCGACGGCGACGACGACGGACGACGAGCUCGACGAGGAGAGCAUGGAGGAGGUGAAGCGGAGGGAGAUUAUGGCCGCGCGGAGGGCUUCGGCCGCGCCGAACGUCGAGAAUCGGACGGGCAGUCGGAGUGGCGGCAAGGAGAGGGGAAAGACGAGCCGGCGACGCAGUGUCGAUCGCAUUUGGGCUUAUAAGGUCAAGGUGAGUGAAUGUGAAGACGAUCAGACUUGAAGACAGAGUUUCUUAAUCAGAAAGCAUAGUUAGCGAAACAUUUCGGCCCGAUCCGUUACAACUAUGCGUGAAGGCACAAUAUUAAUGGAUAUCUCGAGAAUUCGGCAUGUUAGAGCGUUGUGGUCAAUUACAAAGUUGUUAAGAAUAAAAUUCUCUACAACUUUUCAGUUGACAACUUUCCAAGAUUAUCGAUAUUUCUCGAGAUACAGGUCUUUAAAGAUAGAGAAAUGGUCCCAUUGAUUGUAUGACGUAUAUUUCGAGAACCAGAUAUUGUAUACAAAAGUAGUCAACAUAAAGCUUGUUAAAAAUUUUGUGCUGAUCAACUUUGUAGUUGAUCGUUUUAGCCGAAAAUGCUCAAUUCGAGAGUUAAGAGCCCAUUAUUCACUAAGCCCAAACAAUGACGUUUCUAGCAUGUUUUUCUCGGAAAAAAGGAUCGGCUCGGCUCAGAAAAAGUGACUUUUCGUCUGUUUUGCGAAUAGGCGAACUUCCGGAGCAAAGUUUUGUGUGUUGGCUGUGGGCGCCAAAGUGAAACAUGAGCCGCCUGGGCCUUUUUUGCAACAAUGACUCGCCCGAAUAUCCAUCCAUACAUACAUCGAAUGCGUGCGUCAGAACUUGUUCUUCUUCUUCUUGCUCUUUCUCUCUUUCCCUAUCCGGAAGACCCCCUCCCCCCAGUUCUCCCUUUCUCUCUCUCUCUCUCUCUCUCUCUCUCUCUCUCUCCUCUCUCUCCUGAGAACACUCUUCGCUCUCUGCGCUCUCUCGCUCCGGCUCCGACGGCUUCUUCUUCUUCUUCUUCUUCUGCUUCUUCUUUUCCUCCGUUUUCGUCACAACGACUACAUCCCAUCGACUUUCGCUCCGUUUCUCUGCCCGCCGCGGAGAGCACAAAAAAUGGCGCCCGAGCAGUGACCGAAAAACGUCAAAAUUUAUGAGCGUUUUCCCCCACUAAGCGAAACACCUUUUCCUAAUUGGAUCGUUAAUGGAUUUGCGAACAGCGUGCGCACUUUUUUCGAGCUUAUCAAUCGCGCGAAAUUCGAAUUUUCCGAGACAAAGACGGUAGACAACAUUUUUCUUCAUUUUUAGAACUUUUCCGACAGAUUUUCAAUGCGAAUUUCAAAGAAAACCAGUUUUUCGACGAUUUUCUUAAAAGUUUCAGCAGAAAUCCGUCGAAAAACACAUUUUCCGACGAAAGAUCCAAAAUUUUGUGAGCUACCGUUUCCGCGCAAGUUUAAAGGCGCAGAACGGCAGCGGCACAAGUUGCAGCCCAGGUUUUAGUGAAAAAACUUCAAAAAAUGAUUUCCGAGUCGAAUUUUUCACCAAACUCGUAACUUUUUGCUAAAUCCAUUGAAAAAAUGCCUCUAAAAACGUUUUUUUCUUCAUUUUUAUAAGCGUUUGUCCAAAACUUGUUCCCCAUCGCGUCGUCGCCGUUAUUUUCCCCCAAUUUCAAGCCUCACUGAAUCUUCCGUAUUCUUCUUCUUCUUCAAAUUUUUUUUCUGCUCCAUUCUAAAAAGCUUUUAUCUGUGUCCACGCCCACACGGUCCCUCAAAGUUGGUUGUGUGCUGGUUUUUAUUCCGCUUUUUUUGGGAGAAAGGGAGAGAGAGAGAGAGAGAGAUGAUAUCAUUGAGAUUCCGAGGACUAAAAUACGUACGUUAGUCGCCAAAAAACCCCCAUUUUUGCAACAAAAAAGUGGACGACGGAAAUUGGCUCUGCCGAAAGAGCAAUCAACUUUGGUUUUUGGCUUCCAGAAAGUUGACAGAGAUCGUGAGAAUCGGAAUUUUCGAGUUCGUUCCUAAAAGUGUGAGUCAUUUUAGAAGAAGUUGAAUAAAAAUGAUUGACGGUUGCGGAUAACCUAACAUUUCCUUUUGCACAUUCACACCUGCCGAGGCCCGAACUUUUGACCCACUUCCAGUCGGGCAAAACUUUUCAGACUUCGUGGCCUUGAAUUGAAGCAUCUUCGGUCCAUGUUUCAGAUCGAUCGGAUCAUCUGCUGGCCUACAACCAGUAAAUCUCGGGACCAGAUGAUCCGCUCGGUCUGCAACUUGGUCCAAGAUUCUUCAAUCCACGGCCAAAAAGUUACUAAAAGUAGAUCCAUGGAUUUUUCUCUCAUUUCGAAAAUCAGUGCUAUCUGGGUGUUUCAAUCAAAGUAAUCUCCUCCUCCCCCUCCUCCUCUCCCUUCUUCUUCUUCUUCUUCUUUUUCUUCUUCCCGGCCGUGUCAGUUGUCUGAUGACCACGGCCGAGCAUCCAUCGUGUAAAGUUGGUCUCGCCACGACAAAGAUGAUUGCCGAUGAAAUCCUAAAAUCCUCUCAAUUCUCCCCUCUCCGAUCGCUUUCUUUCCUCGUCAAACUGUUCGAUUUAGGUAUCAGUUUUUUCUCUCGAAAAUGAGUUCGGCAUCGGUCGACAAAAAAUCAGUAAGUAUGUCGUCGACUUCUCCGCAUGCAUCCCCGUGUUAGUACGGAAACGAGAUUCCGACCGUUUUCGUUUCGUUUCUCUCUGAUCGAUUCGAUUCGAUUUCGCAAUGUAAUUGCAUUUCAAAAGUUUUCGUCCCCUCUUCUUUCUUCUUCUCCUACUCCUUUUCUUUUUCUUGUUUUUUUUUCGCGAACAUUACUUUGUGUAUCCCCUCCGUUUUCAGUUGGUUCUGGUGUUUAGUUCACUUCUUCUGUUUCUAGCGCUCUGGCGAAAAAUGAUAGUUUUGUCCCUGAAAUGCAGUUUCUCAUAGAUUUUGAGCUGAAAAAUCACAAAAGUUACUAAAAGAACUGCUUGACGCACUCUGAAUUACUUUCAAUGUUCGGAAAUGUUCAAUUUUUCCGAUUUAGCGAGAACAACAGCUUUUUGACCAACAUGGCCUAGAAAACUCCACCGGGUCUUAGGCCAAGUUUGUCGAAAUGCGUCAAACACGAAAAUUAAAUUUUUUUCGAGCACAUUAUGGAAUUUCAGAGCCGAUAACGUGUGGUUUUGAAACAUUUAGUCCGUCUGCAAAGUUUUCGAAGCCCGCCGACUAGACUUGCCGACAAUUUUUUGAAAAAAUGCAAUUUUCAUGCUGACAAAUAUGAAAAAUCCAUUAUUUGUUCAAAAAAUGUUCAACCCGACCCGAUCACUGUGCUUCAAAGUUCUGCGGAUCAACUCUGACCUUUCAAAUCGUCGAAUUCUUCUUUUCCCGCGCCCGAUCGAUUCGUCCUUCUUCCUGUCACUCUGAAGAUCGGAGGCGAAAGCAUACGGGAGCGAGAAAGAAAGAGAGAGAGAAAGAGAUUUCCUCUUUCUCUUUUUCCCUUCAGGACCCGGGCAUGUCCAGCCGGGCGGCGUCUCCGUCCGUUUCUCGUUCCCUCGGGCAGGUUCGCUCGCGCUCGCGCGCGCACGAUUCGUGUCUGCGUCGCGAGCGGAGACGCACUCUGUCUCGCGAGAGAGGUAACCUCCCGGGGAGGGGCCGCCCGAAAAGUGUUCAUUUGUGUGUGUGUGUGUGUGUGUGGCCUUCGGGCGUCUAAAUCGAUGAUGACUCAUUCAUCUUUUCGUGUUGACAGCCUUCCGUUAGACGUACCUGUGCAGGUGCCCGCCACUUUUAAUAGUUUCAUUUGUGUCUAGGUCUGAAUUUGAAUUUUGCUGAUUUAAACAGUUUGAGACAAUUUCGUUGUCAAACUUGCAAUUUUUCGCGAGCAGAACUGAGAAACAAUGGAAAAUUUCUCAAAGGUUUACAAAAUUCAGACUUGCAACGGUCGACCUGAAACUUUCAAGCCAAAUUUCACUAACUUUUAUGUUUCUUCAGUUUUUUUGAGCCCAUCAUGUACAAAUUGUGAUUAUUUUUCUUUUGGGCACCGAAUAUUUCAUCGCUUCUCUUCACUAACAUCUAUUUUCAACUGUCAUUCGUUUUGAACCGGUUUUUACCUGAUGAGCUUACUCCGUCAGGUAAAAGGCUUGUUUUAUGUAUAAAAUUGUUCCAAAUACUCAAUUCUUACUAGCUAAUAUCGAAAGAUCAUUAAAAUGUUUGCAAUUAUUUGCUUUCUCCGACCCCCUAGAGACCUGUAAAGUCGCUUCUUUUUCUCUCUCUCUCUCCCAGGCUCACAUAAAUAUUUAUUCACUACCUAAAUCCAGAAAUAAAUCAAACAAAAAAGUGAGUUAAGAUUUCAGUGUGUCGAUAGUGAUCAAAUAGUGAUUUUCGAUCACUAUCCCUUUUUUUCUUUCCAAUUUACACGAGUUUUCAUUGUGGGCGGCGUGAAAUUUCUGAAUUCGUGUCUAGCUCUCGUUAAAAUUGACAGUUUUGAAGCAUCUUUUCGCAAAUGCCGAGUUUUCAUAUUCAGCGAGGCCAAUCUGAACGGUUUUUGAAUAAUAUUCGAAGAAAACGCGGAGAAUCAAUGAAAAUCACUGAAAUUCAAAUUUUUUCAUUUUCAGUCCUAAUACUUGAAUCGAUUAUUGGCAAUCCUUGAUUUUUGAACAAAUUUCAUUCAUUUUUCGGAACAGUUGCACGUUUUUGCAAACUUUGCCCAGUAUGACGGUGCCUUAGACUCUUUUCGGUCGGAUUCUGCGUCGAUUCAUGUAAAAACAUCGAUGCUCGCGAAAUUAGUUAGAAAUUGCUUCAUUACCACAGUUUUUCACUUCAUCGCGGCAAAAGUUCGGUAGAGCGCACUUGCUCUCGAUUCGUAUUUUUCUCGAUGAUAGCUAGCUAGCUAUUCGUGUUCGGUCUCCCAACAAUUCUCCUAAACCUCGCCGCUUUAACCUAUAAUAAUAACAACAAAGAAAGAGAGAGAGAGAGAGAGAGGGAACAGUUCCGUCCGAACGAACACAAACACACGCACACACACAUUUAUAUAUACAAUAUAAAUAUAAUAUUACGCGUCGGCGCGAGAGGCGAGACCGCCCGUUUCGGGGCGACAACGGUAAAGAGCGGAGCGAGAGACUGCGCAAAGUGGAGAGGGCGCCGAGAAAGAGACGGCGGGCAAACAGAAACGGUCAGUGGUCGGCGUUUCGUCGAUUCGCGCGCUCUCUCGUCGCCAGCUUCAAGCACUUUUGUGUGUCUGCGUCUCGCCUGAUCUCUGAGACUAACUGCCCCGCACCUCUUGAAAGUCGUGGCGAGUGACCUGAUUUCGAUCAAGUUUUCACCCCCCCCCUUUCUAUUUUUCUCCUCCUUUCGAAAACUGUGAGAUUGCAUGUUGUAGAACACCUGAUUCCGACCAGUUCCUUGUUUUUCUCCCCCACUUUUUCAAGUCUGUUUGAGUCAAGUGUUGAAAAAUCUUAGUGCUAACCAGCUUUGCUUGGCAAACGCGCUCCACCGCACUCGGCUAAUUCAUUUUGCGUGUUUUUCUAGCUUUCUCAUUCUAAAAGCGUACACAGAACACAUUUCCACGUGGAUUUGUCGAAAAAUUGCAAAAAUUCACCGAAAUUGGUGAAAAACUCAUUUUCUUGCAAAAUCGUCUAUUUUGGCUAGUUUUUCGAUGAAACCUGUUACGAUUGUAGAACAAGAAAAGUGGAAAAGUGCGGAUUUUUAAUGAAAUUUUAGGAAAAUGAGAAACGCGGAGUUCUGAGUGCGGCGGAGCGUGUUUACUUAGCCAAGCAACUUCCUUGAUCAAAGUUUCAAUUGACCCGAACCUGAGAAUCAUACACCAUUGACGUCUGCAACAUAAAACUUGAUAACGAACAUUUGGAUGGACAUGCUCACUUGUCCCCUAAAACUCUUAGCGAAAAAGCUUCAAGUUCUAGAUCGAAUUCCGGUAACUCGGUAACUUUUUUCGUCGGCGCGUCCGUCCAUGAUCAAAUUUCGUCAAGUGUCGGAUCCUAGGCCACGCGAAAAAGGGAAAGCAUCCAUCCACUUCACGCUUCUCUUUUCAUUUCGGUCAAUAGUCAAUUGGGACGAAGACAUGCGAUCUCAUCAAGACAUUUGGCGACAAGUACCAGACGACACUUUCAGUCGAAAAAGUCCAAAUCACUUUAGGAAUAAAAAGAAGUGCACCACUCCCAUUCGCCUAUUUUCUGUUUGUUUUAGUCCCCCCACGCCCAUUUCCACACAAUUCGCCCGAAUGUACAACCAGCUGGUUUGUAUGUAACACUGGGAAAACACAUUCGGGACGAGGCGAACCGAACCGAACGAAUGAACGAGUGAGAAUGAGAAUGAGAAACUGCGGGGGAAACCGCGCCCAUGUCCCUUUUUUUUGAGACAGAAAGACAAAGACCGUUUGGGCGUUUCUUUGUAUUCGAGAAUCAUCCACAAAAAAUUUCUUGGGCGGUCGAAAUGCGGAAAAUUGCUUUAUCGAUCGUUUCUGCGUCAAUUUUUGAUGAAACACAUUUCUUAAGGAUUCUCUUGAAACUUUGCAUCGCGUUUCAAAAUUUCCAGGCAAAAGUGCGGUAGAGCUCAUUUGCAAGACACAUUUCUACUGUAACUCUUAGAGGCCAUAUCUAGGCCGUCAGAACUUACAUUUCGGAACCUCCGGACAGGUGGAAAAUUCUAAUCCACCGCUUUUCAUUUAUUUUUUUGCGCGCGCGCGCGCUCGUGGGUGGAGAAGUCUCCCAUGGGCUCCCAGAGCCGGCGGCAGUUGUCUCUCGACGUCUCGCCGCUCUCCUACUCUCGACUAUUUUCUCGGAGCUCAUCAGCAUCAUUGAAAAAAAUCGUUUCGAAAUUUACACACACUUACUCACACCAAUUGCCUCGAUUUUCGCCUCAUAUUCGAACCAUUUUUCUGCCAGCAAAAGUAUUUUAAGCGCUGGUUUUGAUCUCUUACGUACGUCCGUCUGAUGAUGUGUGAUCGUCUAGAAUUAUUUAUCGAUUUUUUAUGGCUGACACGUCAUCAGUGCCCGAAAAAGAAAGUGAUAAAUUUGCAGGAGCAUGUGAACACGCCUCAAGGGGAUAAUAAUCAGCAGAAGUCAAAAGAAAACCAGAAAACUUUGAAAGUGAGUGUUUUUUUUUGGUGCUGAGAAAAUUAAAAUUGAAAAUUAAAGUUUCGCGCCAACAAAAUAUCGCGCGGCCUAGAAAUCGCACCUGUCGAUUCCUAGUCCCCGUCGAUCUUUUUCAUCAUUUCUCGCCUUUUUGUUCCAACAAAAAUCGUUAUUCAAAGCGAAAUUCGCAGGCUCUGAUAAGCGGAAAAAGGUGUUUUGUAAAUCGAACUGAUAAGCGACACUGUUUGAAAUCGAUUAUUGCCAACGCAUUCCCACCGAGCGUGUUCUAGCCCGAAAAAUGAGAUUUUAUUUACAACAGGAAAAAGCCGCGACUUGUUCCUCGAAUCAACCCGCACAGCUCCCGCACACAACUAGUAGCGGAGCACGGAAAAUCAGUGCGAGCGGCUCGAAAACUGCAAAUUUAAAGGUGAGUCUUCAAGAUGUUGAUGAAAAAUUCACAAAGAUUGGCAUUGUUGAGCGAAUUAGCAACCGUAAUUUAUAAAAAUAGGUGUCAAAAGCUCCAAAUUUCAAAUGAACUCUUAAAAACUCCGAAUUUUUGUUGAAAAACUGAGAAAAUGCGCUGAACUCGAUGUCCUCCUCCCCGUGUUCAUCUCGGCACAAAAGCCGUCGCUCACACAGACAGACGGGCGGUUCUGUUCGAUCGGAACAAGUGAUGAGUGAUAAGCGAGAGGCGCGGAGGCGCCAGACACCCAGACACCCUGUUAUUUGAUGUUCCGCCGCUCCCCACCCCCCGCCCGGUGCCGGUGCCGUUUUCCAAGUUGCUUUCUCGUUUUGCGUCGAUCGAUUCUUUAUUCUCAAAAAUUUGAAUCGAAAAACUGCUCGAAUUGAGUGUUCACGCGAAACGAUCAAAGUUCUCGACGGUUUUUUUGUGCUGUUGUUGCCAGGAAAUGAUGAAAGUUGCGAAAAAUGAUAAUAGAUGGGGUGGGGAGAAUGUUGUUUGUGGGGGGCGCUUGCUUUUUUCCAAUAAAAUCAUUCGAUUCUCUCGAUUGUUGCGUCAAACCGACCCCACCGGCGCUCGCAAAAAUGUCCACAGUCGCCAGCUAUUUUAUGGGAAUUACCAGUAAGAAUAAGGUGAAAAAGCGAUGAAUUGAGAGUGUGGUCGGAAACUAAAAUUUGCGUAUGCGCCUUUAAAUUUCAAAUUGUGAUCAUACUAAUUGACGCGUUCGAAAUAGAUAAAAUUGCAGUUUACUUCUUAAAAUGAGAUCGUUAAUCAAUACGGCGCACACGCAAAUGUUCGUUUCCGACCUUUUGCCACACUCUCGUUAAACUCAUUAGAAAAAAAACCGUUUAUUAAUUGUUGUUUGCAGCAGUCGCGUCCCUCAACGGACCACCAAACACAUCACCAACGCGCUCGUCAGCAGCAGCAGCAGCAGCCGACGUCUUCAGAAAUGAACGGAACGACGACGACGAACACGCAGCCGUCCGGAGUGACGGGAACGUCUUCCGGACCGCCCGCAGCACCGUCCGGCACGUCGGCACGCGGAUUCUCGACGGCCGGUAGCAGCGGCGGCGGCGGCAGAUCUCAUCCCACGUCGGGAAGGUGCGUUUUUGAUGGUUUCUUGAAGGCAUUGUGGUUUCGAGACGUCCGAGAGACCUGAAAUUGAUGAUCUCUGUCGCGUUUGAUCAACUUUUUCUCGAUGAAAAAAGCGCAGUUUUCGAAAAUUGUUUGUUUUUCGAAUCGAAAAGUGCUCCGCUGUGUGUUCGUUGUUUGCCAGAUUUCGGCCUCCGGCUUUUCGCCUCUUUUUUUGAAAACUAAAACCCGAAAACCUUUUACCCUCGGCUCUCACCUUGUAAGUACUAGUCGUUGAAAUUUCAAAAUUGGCGACAAUGAUAAGAAGUGUUUUGAUGUUGAAGUAAACAAAGUCACUCUCUCUCUCUCUUCCACUCUUUCUCCCCUCCAUUUCAUUUUUUUCACGGCCACAAUAGAUACGAGCGCCGAUUAUUCAAAUUGACAACAAUACUCGCUGACCGGGUUUUAAUCCGUUUCAAAAUGGUUUUUUUUGAAAACGAACCCUUUUUUGUCGAACAUUCAAGAGGUUUAGCAUAAGAACACCGAAUUUCGACAAUUCUAAAUCUACUUUUUCGUAUUCCGAUUCAAAACGUCAAUUUUAAAAGGAGAUUUGAAAUUGUGUACUCUGGCCCCCCUCCCCCUUGUUAUCGAACGAUGAAUAGGCUAAGAGGAGGAAGAAGAAGAAGAAGAAGAAGCCGUGAGGAGAGAAGACGAACAAGCCAAUAAUUAGGCGGGCCGAGAAUAACGGGCGGACAACACUCGAAUAUUAUGCAAAUUGCGCCUCCUCCUCCUCCUCCUUCCACAUCUUCUCCAUCUUCUUCUCUUUCGAUAUUACCCUUUUCCGCGUCGAGUUCCAUCUUGAGCCGGCUCAUUUAAGAGAUUUUCGACAAAAAAUGGCAGCGCUUUGUGUGCACUUUUGCUCUUUUUGCGGGGAAAAAACAUGAUUUGUCAUUUUGGCGACGACAUCUAGAAUUCUCUGCAAAAACAUCAUCCUCAUCUUCAUCUUCAUUCGCCUGCGUCUCCGCCCGAAUAGGCAGGCCGCCGAGGCGCCGAGCUUUCCCUUUUGAAUAGAGCUCUUUGGCCUACUCCUACUCUGGCUCCAACUACUACGACUACUACGAAUAUACUCGAAUAAAAGGAUGAGAGAGAGAGAGAGAGGGGAACUUUUUGGCCCCCCUCGGGUGGACAAACACGAAUUUGGGUGGCGGAAUUUCGAAGCCUAAUCCAUUCUGGAGCCCCAUCCUCCGCGCUUGAGGGGAUCAUUCAAGCGAAUCGCCCUUUUUUGUGCAUUUUUGAAGAACACUUGAAGCGGCUUCGCAUUUGUGAUAAUUUUUUGUAGUUUGCAAUCUCACCAUGACAACCAUCUCCCGCCAAAUUGUCGGGUUUUUCCGUGGUUCUUGCUUCCAAAUAUUUCAAAAUUUCCAAAACGAAGCUAUCUGUCAUCGAGAGAUUUUUUCGACUGUGAAGCUUCUUCUUUUUCUUCUUUCUGCUUUUUGCCUUCUUCUUCUUCUUCUUCUUCUUCACAACUUUUUGUCGCCCUCGGGGCCAGAUCCAUCUCCCCCGACUGCUCCCUUUGACUCGUUCUUCUUCUUCUUCUUCUCUCGCUUCCUUCCGUCCCGCUUUUUUUUUGGGGGCGAAGAUUCCAUUUUUCCGGCGCGGGAUCCGCCCCGAUUUCCUCUUCCUCGUCGUCGUGGCUUCUUCGCCCAGAAUUGUGACGUCGUUGGGCGCUUCUGCUCAUCACACUGCCACGUGGAGCCGUCAUUCGAGAAGUGAUGAAAUUUAUGUGGAAACCGCCCGAGUAAGUUUCUGAACAACACGGACAAUAGUACUUUUUGACCAUUUUAUCACGUUUUUUUUUGAAUAGUUAGAAAAUGGUCCAUCUGUGUCCUUUUUGUCAUCAAUACCAUGAAUUGAGAUGAAAAACGCUAUUUGAAUUUUGAAAAUUUUCUACCCCGGCCCGGCCUCGAACUUAUCUGCAAUCUAAACCUUGCAACUUGCCAGGCCAGGCCUAAGCUUGAAAUUCUCCGGCCCAGAAGGUUCCAACACUUGAAAAAUUUUAUGACGUUGACUAAAUUCCCUGCGAUCCCUGAACUUUGUCAGGCAUGUUCCUGUGUGAAUUAUGGCUUAUUCCCCCCCACGUCCCCCUCCCAUUUCCCAUGCCCCCUCGCUUUGACUCACUUUGUAAACAAUCUGAAAAGAAAUCUUAUCGGGAUCGUCGCCAGGAAGUGACGCGGCCCUGGAAAUUUUUUGUUUUGGAAAAAGACUAUCAUCGGAACGACAACGAGGAUACGGUAGCCUACAGUGUAGCUUGCGAAUUUUAACGACAGUAAUACGUGCUCGGGGGGUUGUCGAUGAUCAUAUUACCAGGACGUUGCCACGUCUGCGUGGCGUGGCAAAUGUUGUACGAUUAGAGAGUCGGGCAUUGUCGUCGACUGCAAAAGAAUAAGAGGGCGAACUUUUCUUUUCUCACCCCCUUUCCCUCCAUUCAUUCAUUUUAUUAUUGACACUUAUCGGAGACGCAGAAAGUACGGCGAAAAAAGGGAGAAUGAGAGGCGGACUGUGAGUCAUUUCGGCGGUCUAACCAUUCAGACUAGUUACACACCUGCUCCACCACUCGCGCCCUUUCAUUUUACCACAAGAACUCUCGAAUAUUGUCGCUUUCUAUGGUUCCGAACCCGAAUCGAAUGAUGAUCAAGAAGUCGUACGCGUUUGCCCUCGACCUGGAUGAUUUGUGCUGUGACACGGGCCCAUCCUCCUCCUCAUCACCGCCGAAGAUUGUGUUUCCGGAAUACGCGCUCUCCAGGUUCUGGCUAUACAGUUUUUCUCAUUUUUUAUUUUGAUUUCCACACAAACGUCUGCGAUUCCGUCGAACUUUGCGCUCUCUCGCCGCAUGACUCACUUUUGGGGGACGGUCCGUUGUGAAUCAUAGAAACAUUGAAAAAGGGAGGGCUUGUUCUCCCCCCGCCCGUUUUCUUUUAUUUCUCAUCCUUGUCGUCGCUAGUUCCGGACGGACACCGAACUAGGAUUCGUCAACGGUGUCAAAAUGAUGGACACUUCGUCAAAGUGGGGCCGGGUGGCCGAGUAUUAGUGAGUUGACACAAAACCCCCUCGAUGGAAACUUUGCACCUUCCGUCCUUGCUUCCCUCUUUCCAUCAACGUCAUCAUCGUUUUUCAUUAAAUCGGCCGUAAAGCGUCGUCGUGUCAAAAUGAAGGAAGAAUCAACGGGCAGAUGACGUUCUGUUUGCACCCCGCGCGCCGGAAAACGAGGAAUGUGCGAUGUGCGGCAGAGUCGAAUGAAAUUAGGGCCACGAUUUUAUGGAGCACUUUUGUGCUUUUCCUCUUCUUCUCCUUUUUUGCGUUUUCGUCGUCGUCGACGAUGAGAAAUGCGCUCUUCACACUUUGAGACGAAGCGAUGCAAUUUGGGUGCGUGUGGUGACAUGCUCGGGAGAGAGCCUCCGCCCAUUUUCGGGAUGGCUCUUUUUCUGCUCUUCUUCCCGAAAAGUGAGAGAGAGAGAGAGAGAGAGGAGCAAGCGCCUCCCGUUUGCUCCUCCGCGAACCCCUAAUUCGAUAUGCUCAACGCGGCGUACUCGUCGCUACUCGCCAGAUUCAUGUGCCAACCGACGACGACCACGUCGGCGGUUCGGGAACCGGAAGAAGAAGUUGUGCUCGUUGCGCGUCGCAAAUAUUCCGAAACCACCUCCGCCGGAAGACGGAAAACGAUAAAAGUGUCGCCUGACGGAGAUCAUGUUACUAGGAAAAUGUUGGCUACCGCCACCGUACCUUGGUUGCUCCCUUUUUUGUCCGGUCGGAGCUCGUACUGUAACUCGACAAACCUCUGUAACUUUUGCGCAAGAGUUUCAGAUGUCUGCCGAGAACCUCCAAACUCCGCCCCUUUCUCAAAAGGGAACAAUCGAGAAAGAAUAGAAAAUACAGCAAAUUGACGAGUUCUUGCCAUGAAUAUCUUUGUAAUUUUCAGCGCUUCAUCACAUGCCCGCGGCUCUGGACAAUCGGGAAUGUCGAGUCGAUCGGCAGCGCGCCGAAGUGAUCAGGACGUGCAUGUGGGCAAGUACAAGCUGUUGAAGACGAUCGGAAAGGGAAAUUUUGCCAAGGUAUGACGAUUCCUCACCAUUCGCGAGUCAAACCCUUUGAAUUUCAGGUGAAACUGGCGAAACACGUGAUCACCGGCCACGAGGUCGCCAUCAAAAUAAUCGACAAAACGGCGCUGAACCCGUCGAGCCUUCAAAAGCUGUUUCGCGAAGUUAAAAUUAUGAAACAAUUGGACCAUCCGAACAUUGUCAAGCUCUACCAGGUGAUGGAGACCGAACAGACGCUCUACCUGGUGCUCGAGUACGCAUCAGGCGGCGAAGUGUUCGACUAUCUGGUGGCUCACGGACGGAUGAAGGAGAAGGAGGCGAGGGCCAAGUUCCGGCAGAUUGUCUCGGCCGUACAGUACCUGCACUCGAAGAACAUCAUCCAUCGAGACUUGAAAGCGGAAAACUUGCUGCUCGACCAGGAUAUGAACAUAAAGAUCGCCGAUUUCGGAUUCUCGAACACAUUCUCACUGGGCAACAAACUCGACACGUUCUGCGGAUCGCCGCCCUACGCCGCCCCCGAAUUAUUCUCGGGCAAAAAGUACGACGGCCCCGAGGUGGACGUGUGGAGUCUCGGAGUCAUCCUCUACACACUCGUCUCGGGAAGUCUGCCGUUCGACGGACAAAAUCUGAAAGAGCUGCGAGAGCGAGUGCUGCGCGGCAAAUACCGUAUCCCGUUCUACAUGUCGACCGACUGCGAGAACCUCCUCAAAAAGUUUUUGGUGAUAAAUCCGCAACGGCGAUCCUCACUCGACAACAUCAUGAAGGACCGAUGGAUGAACGUCGGCUACGAGGACGACGAGCUGAAACCGUACAUUGAACCGCCGAAGGAUCAGAUUGACGAGGCGCGCAUUGAGAAGUUGAUUCAGGUGAGUCGGGAAACCACAAAAAGGUAAAAUGCUUUGUCUUGUUGCAGAUAUUCCAACUGGGCUUCAACAAAGCCGCCAUUUUGGAGAGUGUCGAAAAGGAGAAGUUUGAGGACAUUCACGCGACGUACCUUCUGCUCGGCGAACGCAAAUCCGAUGUGAGUUCCAAGUUCUCCUCUCUUUGAUAUUUUCCCCCAACUACGCUUCGGACCCCGCCUCCUCUGCCACAUUUUCAAAAUAACCAAGAUAUCCUUCUAAACACGCAUGAACUUCCGGGUCUUCUGAAUGAAUUGAACGAAACGAAACGCUAACCAAGUUUUGGAUCAUUUAUAAGCAAAAAGUGAUGGGGGAGAAGUAGAAAGAAUUGAAUUCGAGCCCUCCUCCUCCUCCUUGUACUCUUUGUGUGUUUUGUCAGAUGGACGCCAGCGAGAUCACGAUGGCCCAAUCGCUGCUCAGCCAUUCGUCGAUCAACGUUUCGUCGUCGCUGGGUCAGCAUCCGGCCGGCGUGAUCACUAGAGAGCAUGUGACGUCGUCGUCGGCCACCUCCGGAGGAGGCUCCGCUUCAGUGAGUGACUCCCCGUUCACACGCACACACUCUUACAGUCUAACUAGUGUUUCAUUUUCUUCAUUUUGCAUGCAAGUCCCCUCUAUGGCACACCUUUCCGCACCGUUUCCUUGUUUUCCUCCGUCAACUCACUCUAUCACUUUCAGCCGGCUCGUUAUUCGUCCCGUGGCUCCGCCCCGACCACCGGCGGCUCGAUAACCACGGGAGCGUCGAUCGCCUCUGCGGCCAACGCACAGAAGCAUCAGUCGGGGGCAGCGCCGUCGUCCGGAUCGUCGUCGUCGCGCCGGAGUUCGCAGAACGACGCGGCGCCGUCGGCGAAUACGGUAGUGAUGAGCGGAACGAGGCACGGAGGCGUUCAGAUGAGAGCACAGCCGACGAACCGGCAGGCGGCGAUUAGCCUGCUCCAGCCGCCCAGCUACAAGCCUUGUGAGUGCAUUUUCAAAAUGUUUUUGGCCUCUUAUCAACUCAUUUUCAGCGUCGAACACCACGCAAAUCGCUCAAAUUCCGCCACUGUUCAACCGAAACUCGACGGCUACCUCUUCUACAGCCCAGCCAUCCUCCGGAACCACUGUCGUCAGCUCGGGAGCCCGAAAGAUUGCGGAUCCGAAGGGAAGAAUCCCGCUGAACUCGACGGCCGUUCAAUCGCACCGAACCGCGACGGGAGCAGUGGCCGCCAAUACGGGCGGCAUCCCGAGCCAUCGGGAUCACGCGCAGCAACAGCAGUACAUGAAUCAGUUGACGUCGUCGUCGAUGAUGUCCAAAUUGAUCAACAAAACGCCCGCCGCGCCGUCCGGAGUCAUCUCGACCGCUCCGCCGCCGCUUCAAAAGUCGGGCUCGCAGAUAUCGCACGCGCCGACAGAGCCCGUCAUUCGGGAGGACAACGACGAGAGCAGCAGUGAGCACACGCACGCGAACGGAGCCGCCAACGCCGUGCCGUUGAUCGGAGGCGUCGGACCGCAGCAAGUGUCGCCGGCUACGAAUUCUGUCGGAAACGCAUCGGACGAGGGGACGGAACAGCAGCAGCAGCAGCAGAAGGCGUCGAGUGAGACGCCGAAAGAGAACAAGUGAGUUGAGGAUGUCCAGGCAGAUCUUUUCACGCAGAACAGAAAUAAUAACGCUUUUCACCGGUGUCCAGAAGACAUGGAAAAAUGGGCGUGGUCUCUGAAUUGUCGAUCACUCCCGUUUCUCCAUUUGGGGUAGUUCAGUGUAUGUUUCUUCCUUCUCUGUUUUGCGUUUUUUUUGUUAGAUAGCUGAAUUGAGUUUUCUGACGUAAAAAAACGGAAAAAAACAGACACUGAAUAACCGCAUUUGGAUCCGUUCGAACAAGAAACACCUAGAAACGCACUCGCACCACACACGUCACUUUUACUCCUUUGAUGUCUGCUAACCAAGAAGAUUACGUCUUUCUUAUUUUUCGUCGUCUCGGGUAUUGUCUAUCGUUUUUUUGUUAGUGAAACUCUGAAAUUAUGGCGGCAAGCUAUUCCAGACGCAUCGCCGGUAUUGUCGCGCAAAUAUUGAAUGAAACGAGUAAGAAAAGCGAAGAUUCCAUUUGGAAACAAAAAGAAAACCGACCUCAACCUCAUGAAAACUCCCUUUGAUCCUCUGUACUUUUUUUUUCCAAAGCAUCACUAUCUUCUAUCGAUUUGAGCACAGUUUCUAAGUUUUCUUUCUCUUUUUCUUCAUCUCCUCAACUAACCCUCUUUCUUUUUCUUUCUUUCUGCGCGCUUCCGCUUCUCUCUUGCAGAUUGGUUGGUUGUGUGUAAUGGUUGAUGUUGUUUGGCAUAGUUUGCAGUCAUUUUUUCACACUCUUCCGCUUUUUCGAAUCUAUCGGCAUGCCUUUCUUUUCUUCGUCGCUCAUCUUCUCUUGGUUCUCAGUUUUUAGUUAAAAGUACCAUUUUUUGAGUUGUGUGCAUGCGAUUGGCCGUUGUUCUUGAUGUUGAUGUUGAUGUGUGCCUUUUCUCGUUUCCAGCCCGCUCAUCUGGCAGAAUCUGCACCUGAACAGCCUUCUCAAGUCAUUGACCGCCAGUUCGUCGGCCUCGACGUCAUCUGAAACGACACCGCGAAGACCCGCUGAAGCUGUCGGCGGCGCGCGUCGCUCGGAACCCGCCGCGCCACGUCGACGCCAUCAAACGAUGCUCGUCGACGCGCGGCACUUUCAGACGCUGCCGCCGGUGGCGAGCCUCGUUGUCCAUCCGGAAGACACGAAACUCGACCGACAAAUGGCCGCACUUUACGUGUCGACGAAUCCACGUGGCGGGUCCGUGCUGCCGCCGACGCCGCCGACGUCCGCCUCGACGACGUCUUCGAGUGUACACGUGGACCCGCAGCCGCAGCAGAAGACGUCGACAUCGCCCUACUUUCGAAGAAGCUCUUCGUUUCGAAUGGUGCCUUUCAAUCUUCUAUUUUAUUUCUCGUCUAAUCUUUUUUUUUCUAUCUCGGAGUGUCUUUGGUAGUUAGUGAUUGAGGUUGUGGUCGGUUUUGUGAACCCGUUUAGAUAUUUGCGCUGGAAUAGAGUCUGCUGAAGUAUAGUUUCAGAACGGGGGGUUUUAGUGCCAAAAUUUCGGCAAAAGAAGGGAAAUCUGUAUCAAUUUUAGUGCGUGGGGAAUGAAUGCAUCAUUUUUCCUGAUUUCCGUUCAACCUCCCGUUGCAGGCCGUCGAUGAUCCACCAGUCGCCGUCGAUGCCGCCGGCGACGAUGAUGUCGGCGAUGGAGUCGAUGUUGUUGAGCGAGAACUCGUCGGCGCCCGGAGGAACCACCACUACCAGCGCUCCCCAACGAGCUACGUCGCAGCAAAUGUCGCGCUCGGCGACGACGAAUAGUGCGCAGCUGGCCGCGGCGUCCGCUGGCGGAAACUCGGCCACGGCCACUGCCACCACCAACACAACACAAUCAUCGGGUGCUUCAUCAACGGGUGCUUCUAGUCAGGUGAGAAACCGAUUUACUCCCUCUUUCUUUCGGUUUGUUGACUGGCUGCAGAAGAAGAACAGCUUUGAUACCUAUUGUGCAACCCCCUUCGAAACCCCGCCCCCUUUGUUUUACAUUCAAACCAUUUCCUAGAUCAUUCGUCGGAUUCUAUCAUUGAGUUUUGAUUUUUGCAACAAAUGAUUCCAGACACACUCAAUCAACGGCUUCCGAAUAUUUCAGCAAUAUCCUCUGCCACAUCAUCAUCAACAUCAACUAACCCAUAACGCGUCGUUCUCGGUCACUCCAUCCACGUAUCAGAUGCCGCCGUCGACGACGGCGGUCACGUCUUCGGGAGCGACGUCGUCGGGAAUGCCGACGUCGGCGUCGUCGUCGGCGUUCCCGCGCAACACGCGCAAUCGACAGACGUUCCACGGAAAAACGGAAAAGGACAAGGUACUACAACUCACACAAACACAAACAAACGCCGCUUUCUUUGGCUAAUUUUUUUCGUUUGUUUUCUUGCGUUUCAAGCCUAGCUCUCUCUCGUUUUUCAUUUCCGUCUAAACCAACACACAAAAACACCCUUUUCUCCUCGUUUCCAUCUUGUCCGUGUCGCUCUGCUCUGUGAGCACUGAAAAGUGCGUUUUGUACACGUGCCGGCUUGUACUCGCUCCUUUUUGCGUGCUGUCAACCGUUACCAUCAAGCUCCGCCUCCUGCGCUUCUGAAAUUUGCCGAUUUGGGUUUUAGCAGAAACUAGCCAAAUCUGCAUUUUCUAGAAGCGCAGGGAGCGGAACUUGAUGAAAACGGUGUCACGCGACAGAACGCUAAAAAGACAAUAGUUUAGAAAAAACCGUUACUGUAGAAGCCCACGCGUUGAUUUUUGAGCGAAAAACCAGUGGCAAAGUGUCCGUUUCCCCUCGCUUUUUCGUCUGAAACUCUGAAAUCACAACGUUUUUUGUCUACAGGGCGGCGACGACGGAUCGGACGAUAUCGGCGACUCGCCGGCCAACGUUUCGAUCGGAGCCACCGGCGCGGCGGGCAACAACGAGACGACGAUCUGGAGCAAACUGAGCAAACUGACGAGACGGUUCGUGCAUCGCAAGUUUUGAAUAUCCUUACCUGGGGGGCCAAUCACACAUUCCACUCCCACUACUACUACUGGUACUAACUGGGCGCCCUCCAACAUUCCCAUUUCUUCUUCCUUUCGGGACCCUUUUAACUCGUAGCCCUCCGCACAACUACAGUAAUCCUUGCUCCCUCUCUCUCUUUCAAUUUCCGUUUCCAUUCCUCCACAACCCACAUUUUUAUCCGCUUACUAAACAAAAUCUCUUCUUUUUUGGUGCAUGUCUCUCUGUGUGUGUGAUUAGAAUUCGAAAGAUUACCUUUCUUUUUAUCAUCAUUAUCAAAAUCCAUAAUAUCUGUUCUUACUGUAACAUUCCCCUCCUUUCUCUCAUGGUUUGUUUUACUCCUUUUUUCGUUCCUUGGUUUGAUUCGCACGAAAUGCGCACAAGUUUUUUUUUAUAAAGUCAGUUUGCCUGUGACACUGUGAAUUGAUAUUAACAACGUCUGAAAGUGUGUGUGUGCGUGUAUUUGUAUACUUUUAACACUCGGGCCCAACUACCGUAAUCUAUUGUAAGCAGCACCCACACCCAUCCACCCACCCACUCUCUCUUUUUCUGGAAUGUUCUUGUCUGUUACAGUAGCUCGACGGCGACGGCGCACAAUCCACGUGGAUCGCAGCUUCAUCACUCGAUGUCGAUGACUCAAAGGUAAAGAAUGACGAAGAAGGACUGUUUGGAUCAUCUACACUAUCUGCCCAUCCCCACCCAUCCCUUUCCCCUUUCCGUCUUGAGGCAUGUGCUCGUGGCUCGCUUUUAGGCAUGCUUUUUUCUCUCUCUUUUGUGCUCUGAUCUGAUAGUGAUGCUCGCUGCUCGCUGUGCUGCUGACCUAGAUAGGAGGUUCUCUAAAUUUUAGCCCGUCACAAGUGGCGUCGACAGCUUCCGCUUCCGCCAACGUCUCGACGUCGAUCGCUUCUGGAGUGGCCGCGGUGGCCGGAGCCCUCGCGAGAAGGCCGUUGCCGUACGGCUCGAUGCGAAGGCAUGCACCUCCACUUCUUCUUCUUAUUCUUUUUCGACUUCUUCUCUUUUAUUUUUGCACACUUUUUCUCCACACUCGUAGUCGUUUCAGUGGGGUCUUAGUCUUUUCUAGCGCGUAGGAGUAGAGCACAUGCUUUUCUUUCUCUCUUUCUCUUGGUUCCAGUUGUGAGGUACUGUAAGUACUGUAACAUUCAAAGCCGUGUAGCUCAGCAGUCAGUAGAGAUAUCAAACAGUUGUCAACUGGUGAAAUGUACCCAAUGUUUCAGUGUACAAUUUGUUAGUUGAGAACUUUUUGAUAUUUCUACCCGCCAUCGAGAUACACGGCUUUGAUUGGAAGUAGAGCGCGUUUGCUCACCACAAUUCGAUAGAACAAUCAGGCCUUUUCCAUCAGUUUUGCUCCCAUGUGAACCGUGCAUUUUUCAGAGAUCACAACCGGGAAAGCAUGACGCAGCCGGUGUCGGGACGGGCCGGAACGAUCGGCGCCGCGCAGGGACAGCAGACGGCCGCCGCGCUGGCAGCCAUCCGCGAGCAGGGAGCACCGCCGCCGAUGGCGCUAAGCCACGCGGCGCCGACGAGCGCGCCCGGCAGCCAGCAGCAGCAGGAGGGAGACGUGAAGCCGCGCUCGCUGCGGUUCACGUGGAGCAUGAAGACGACGUCGUCGCUGGCGCCGGAUGACAUGAUGAGGUGGAGAAUUGACGGAGAGAAGUGGUGGGAGAUCGUCAACGAUGUGUAAUUGCAGAGAAAUCCGGAAAGUGCUCGACGCGAACGGAUGCGAUUACGAGCAACGCGAGCGCUACAUGAUUCUGUGCGUGCACGGAGAUCCGAACACGGAUUCGCUUGUGCAGUGGGAGAUGGAGGUCAGUGAUUUGUGGGUCCGAUCGGAGCAUUGCAAGUGGGGCGCAAAGGUCCUCGACUUCGCAUUCGCCUCGUUUUUCGAACCUCCAUAAUUCUCACUUCAUUCUUGCAGGUGUGCAAACUGCCACGUCUCAGCCUGAACGGCGUCCGCUUCAAACGAAUCUCGGGCACGUCGAUCGGCUUCAAAAAUAUUGCGUCGAAAAUUGCUCAAGAGCUCAAUCUCUAA